UUUGUUUGGUGAAGUGUUUGAUUUUUUUUCCUUUGAUGAUGGUGUAAUAAAUGAAGGGAAAAGCUCCAUCCAGAGAAACCCAGUACAGUAUUUUAAUCAAGCAAAUAAAGAAGGAAAGCACUCUAAUACCACUACAUAACUUAUGCAGUGCAGCAGAAACAUCCACAGUGAUGCACUGGGAAUUCUUCAACAAAUUCACGUUGGUGACAUAUUAAAAAUUCUUUUUGCAUUCACGUGGAAAGCGCUCAUGUGAACAAUUUGGGAAUCCCUGGAGAACACAGUAUAUUGGCAAUGUGUUGGUUCAUCUUUUCAAAUUUGGGGCUUAUAAGUGCCUCCUGUAUCAGAACAUUCUAUAAAUUCCUGGCAGCAAGGAUUUCCUCCUUUGGAGAGGGCUCGGUGGUCAGUGGUCCCAUUAUUGAAAAGUAGUGUUCUAGACUUCUGAUGUUUGUAAAUUCCACUUUGAUUAAAUUACUUAAAACUAAAUUCCUUUACUGUAAUAGAGUUUGGUUUUUCCUUAUCUCCUGUGCAGAGGUGUCAUUUGAUGUCUCUGCAUGUAUGUGUAUUUCUCUCAAGGGUAGAUGGAAGAUCACUAGGUGCUAUUCUAAACUGAAGCUUAUGUUUUAUAAAAUUAUAUUUGCUCAGCCAUUAGAGCUGUGAAAUUUAUUCAUAAAGUGUUACUGUGCUGCUAUUGUCUCAUUCAUGCAGAGCAUGCUUUAAUCCAAAUGAUGGCACUGCAUAAGUACAGUUGGGCAAGGUUAUAUUGAGAUAUUUUUUGAUUUUUUUAACAGCACUUAGUUCAUUUUUAACUUGAAGAAAAUUAUUUUCCUGAUUUUUUUUUAAAUUUGAAAUGAAAAUUGUUUGUAUUCCCAGACAUGUGAUUUUGCUAAUGAUGUCCCAACACAAGGCAUUGAUUCAGGAGGAAUUCUACUUGUUUCUAAAUGUCAGACUAAGAAACCAGAAAUGUCAAUUCAAUGGUCAUAGUUCUGCACCAUAGCAUCCUUAUUCUGCUCUAGAAAAUGUACAAAGAAUAUGAUGAUAGCAUGUGUGAGAUAACUCGUUCUUUUCCAGCUGAUUCUUGUAGCUCAACUAAUCAGUACAUUUUGGUCUAGACAAGAAACAUAAAUCAAUCUUUUCAGACUAUCUCACUUGCCAUGAAAAAAUACAGUCCCCCUGCUGUUAUGGCCUCCUUAUGUGCUGAAGUUACAACAGCAACUGGCAGCUUCAUGUCAAUUUUCAUCUCCCACUAAUGUUCUGUAUUUCACAGAGGAAAUGAGAAAUCCCCAAGGUGGUGAGUGUCCCCUUCCUUCAGAUGAUGAAUGGAAAGUGUCAAUACUGACAGGAAAUGCAGGAACUGAAGCAAGUGUUGCUCUUUGGAUAUAUGGAGACAAAGGAUUCACUGGACCAAUAACUCUUGGCAAGGACAACAGGAAGCAGCUGUUUUUUCCCAGGCAGGAAGAUGAAUUUCAGGUUAAAAUAAACAGCAUUGGGAAUAUCUACAAGAUAAGAAUUGAACUUGAUGAAUUACCAAAUGAACAACCUGAGUGGAACUUACAAAGGGUGAUACUGCAACAUCUAAAGAGCAAGAAAACACUGAAUUUUCCAUCAAACACAUGGUUAUCAAGGAAUCGUGAUGAUAGAGAAUUUCUGUGUGAACUUCCAGUAGUGGAAGCUGGAAAACCUAUCUAUCCAAUUGUUUUAUACCAUGUGUAUAUCCACACUGGUGACUUGGAGCAAGCUGAUACAGACUCUGCAGUUUAUUUGUGCAUCUAUGGAAAAAGAGGAGAUUCUGGUCUAAGACUUCUGCAUAAAACUGGUAUACCAGUGUCAUUUCAGAGAGGAAUGGUCAGUGUUUUUGAAGUGGAAGCUGUAUCUCUUGGGAAGCUGCAGAAGGUGCUGUUGCGCUGUGAGGCCACUACCAAGUCCCAGCAUUGGUACUGUGAUAAAGUAAUUGUCAGAGAAGCUGAGAACAACUCAGAAUAUGUUUUCAAUUGUGAAAGGUGGCUUCCAUUUGUGUCUCAAGGUAUAAUCCAUUCAGAAAUUGAGCUGUACCCUCAAGAGUUUGAAAAAAAUCAGCAGCCUGAAAUGCAAGAAGCAAAUGAAGGAGACUGGAAGAUAACUGUAGUCACUGGGGAUUUUGAAACAGCUGGCACGACAGCAACAGUAUUCCUUUAUGCUUAUGGAGAAAACAAAGCUUCUGGUCCUAUUAUUUUGGGAUCUGGGAAACAGCAGCUGUUUAAUCCCAACAGUGAAGAUACAUUUAAGAUUAAUCUCAGAGAUCUUGGGCAGCUUUAUAAAAUCCGCAUUGGCCAUGACAACACUGGAAAUGAUCCCAGCUGGUACCUGGAGGAAGUCAGACUUGAAAGAGUAGUCCCUUUUUCUUAUGAAGAGAUUUGUCUCCCCAUAGAGAGCUGGCUUUCCGAAGACAAGGGUGAAGGUGAUACGUGGAGAGAAGUGGCAAUAAGAAACCCUGCAGAGGAACUUUUGCCCUUGGUGGUGUAUGAGGUCCAUGUAUACACAGGUUCUAAACUUGGUGCUGAAACGGAUUCCAAUGUUUACAUCAACCUCAUUGGGACAAGAGGAGAUGCUGGCAAAAGGAAGCUCCAUAGAUCUAAGAAUAAUAAUGUUAAGUUUCGACAUGGACAGAUGGAUAUUUUCUGCAUAAAGGCUGUCUCACUGGGAGACUUGGAGAAAGUUCUGAUUAGCCAUGAUGGAGCUGGUCCAGGUAGUGGAUGGUUCCUGGAUAAGAUUGUCAUCAAACAUAAAGAAGGAGAGGAAGCUCAGGAGGUUGUAUUUCCUUGUAAUAGAUGGUUAGCUGAAUAUCAAGAUGAUGGGAAAACAGAGAGGGAGCUAACUGCCAACAAAUAUGGCAGUUUAAUGAAGACAUUCCUUAAAGCACAACGGUGGAGAGUGCAGGUUAAAACGGAUGGAGAUUCCCCAGAGCCACAGGAGUGUAGAAGGACCCUUGUGAUUUAUGGCUCAAAGGGCAAAAGUGAUGAGCUUCUGCUUUCUCCACAAACCCCAGGAUAUGUGUGUUUUCUCCCCAGAGCAACUGAUGAAUUCAUUAUUGAGACUGGAGAUCUGGGAGAUGUUUACAAGAUUCGAGUCAGCUGUGAUGAUGUGCCAGGCUUUAGGGGCUGGCAUCUGAAGUCUUUUCACUUACAAGAGUUGCAUACAAAACAAGAACUGAACUUUGAGUGUAACUGCUGGCUCGUUCUUAAGAGAGAAGAUAAGGAGUUGGUAAAAGAAUUCCCUGCAGUCACUGGGGACCAGAAAACUUUUCCAGUCUAUAAGUAUGUUGUUUCUGUACAUAUUGGCGACCGCUGGGGAGCAGAGACUUUUGCAAAUGUUUAUCUCACUCUCUAUGGCAAAAGAGGGGACACAGGUGUGAGGAAACUUCAGACAUCUUUAACAAAAGGAAGAAAAUUUCAAAGAAAUAAGGUAGAUUCAUUUUUGGUGGAAGCUGUUUCUCUGAGUCAAUUGCAAAAAGUGGUCAUAGGACAUGAUGGAGAAGGCUAUGGGGCAGGGAUGUACCUCAAGAUGGUGACAGUUAAGGAAUCACCAGAUUCAGAUAAAGAAUGGGUCUUUCCACUGUGGAACUGGCUUGAUACUCAUCUGGGUUUAUGUGAGACUGUUUGUGAGAUUGUAACAGUUGGUAGAAGGUCGACUCUCAGUCCUAAGCUGCCUGAAAUCAACACGAAGUCAUCAGGUUUCUGGAUAAUGGAUGUCACUGGAUCUGACUUGAGUGGUGAAGAGGAUCCAAUAUGCCUUUCUUUUAUCUUCUUCGGCAAAUUGAGUCACAAAAAGUUGCCACUUCAAGUCACAGGAAAAGCAAUUCAGAUUAAAGAUGAACUGGCAGAUAUUGGCUCUAUAUACAAAGUUCAGGUAACUGGCCCACACAGUGAGCUAAAACAGCCAUGGCACUUAGAUUUACUGCAUAUGAAGCACACAGGCACAAAGGAAGAGAUGUAUUUAGCUUUUGACUGCUGGUUCAACCCUAAGGAAGAUAAAUGUGUGGAGCUGCCAGCUCUCUAUGCAGAUCAGGAGCCUUUGCCUGUUGUGGAAUAUGAAAUCCAUUUGCACACGGGAGACUUGAAGAAGGCAGAUGCCACUGGAGAGGUUUAUCUUCGUAUACAAGGAGAAAAAAGUGACUCGGGGAAGCGCUGGCUUAACUCCAAAAACAGCCUGAUCACUUUUGCUAGAGGGCAGGUGGAUAUUUUCAAAAUCAAAGCUGUAUACCUGGGGAAAUUGAAUCAAGUUCAUGUCGGAUUUAAAAGUCUAAGAAAAGAUGGGUGGUUUUUGGAAAAAAUUGUUAUAAAAGAAGUCUUCUACCCUUUUUCUGCACAUGUUUUUUUUCACAAUGGCUGGAUCAAUAAACGCUCCAAGGAAGAUUUUGUAGAAGUCGCAAUUCUGCUCAAAGAAACAUCUAUGACAUCUCUUCCCAUGAAAAAUUUAGAUACAAAAAGUAGAGGACGAUGGCAAACAUGGGUGCAUUGCACACAAGUACCAGAAGACCUUCCUAACAUUCAAGUUGUUGCAUUUGGAAGAAAAGGGAAAUCUCCUGCACAGAAAGUUCAAAAUCUAAGUGAUACUCCCUUUUUGUUAACCAUUGGUGAUAUUGGGGAUAUAACAAAACUCUCUUUUGUGUUAUGUGGUCCAUCCUUGAGAAGAGGAAUUAAACUUCACAAGCUUCAGCUAAAAGACCUGGACACUAAACAAGAGUUGGGCUUUCACACUGAAGCCCCAUGUCUAUUUGGAGAAGAUGGAUCUGAGACUGUGACAGAGCUUGCUGCAGUCAGGCCAGACCAGCCACCACUGAGGGAAGUCCUUUACCUGAUCAAGGUCCAUACAGGAACACUGCCUGCAUCAGAAACCGAUGCAGAUGUAUUUAUCACAGUAUUUGGAGAGUGGGGAGACUCCUGCAAAAGGAGACUAGGGCGCUCGCAUUUUGAAAAAGGACAGGUUUGUAUCUUUGAAAUGAGAGCAGUAGACCUUGGACAGUUAAGCAAAGUGCUUGUUGAGCACCAUAAUGUGGGUUAUGGAGCCGGAUGGUACCUCGACCAAAUUGUCAUCCAUGAAUCAGGCAAGACUGAAGAACAAUAUGUAUUUCUUUGCCAGCAAUGGUUAGACAGUGGAGUUGGUGAUGCACAGAUGGAACGAACAUUGAAACUUCUUGGAAAAGUCAGGCACGGAAUGCUGACAGGAAAGAUUUAUGGGACUUGGGAUGUCCACGUCACAACUAGUGAUAUUUCUUCUAGUUCCAUGAACCCUAAAAUGUCUCUAACAGUAUGUGAUGAAAAAGGAACUUGUACUUCAGUCAUAUUCCCCAAAGGAUCUCUUAAAAAAGAGCAGAUUUACGAGGCUUCUAUUGAACUAACUAAGAAAUUUAAUACUAUAUUCAAAGUUCGCCUAGAAAUUGAAGAAGUUGAAGAAGGAGAGACUUGGCAUUGCCGUGAGGUAAAGCUUCAACACAGAGAAACUAAAAAUAUUCUAGAAUUCCCAUUUUCUCAUAACUUUGCUGAUGAAGAAGGAGGAAGAGUGGCUGAGCUUCCAGUUCUCAUGACUGGGUCUCCUUUUCCAGCAGUGAAAAUCUAUGUCCUCUACAUCACUACGGGAGCUAUCCCUGGCUCAGGAACAGAUGCAGAUGUGUCUGUCAUGCUGCAAGGCUCCUUGGGAGAUACUGGCAGAAGAAAGCUAAUUAGAAAAGGAGAUGAAAAUUUCUCUAAAGGAAAGGUGGAUAUUUUUCAAGUGGAGGCAGUAGAUAUUGGUAUUCUGCAAAGAAUGGUUGUUGAAAAAGGAAGAGGCUCUGACUGGCUUCUGGAGAAGAUUGUUGUAAAAGAGUCAGCAUCUUCAGGGACAGAAAUAUUGUUUAUGGCUCAAACAUGGCUUAAAGAUAGACGUGAUGGAAAAAGAUCUGCCUCAGUAACUCUGGAUGCCACAGAAGUUCAGGAGAGGAGGAGUACCUCUGCCUGGCCUUUAGGAAGAGAGCAAAUGAAUUCAGAAGGCAGAUGGAGGAUUUAUUUCACAAAGCAUCAAGAAGAAACAAAAUCUGAAUUUGAAAAAUUGUCAGAAAAUAUAUCCAAGAUGGUUAUGGUUUUUUAUGGAAGCAACGGCAAGUCAAAUCCAGUUUCCAUGGAAAACAAAGUGGAACAUCAGACUGAGAACCAAAUAACAUAUGAUAUACAUUUGCCAUCCAAUUUGGGAACGCUUUAUAAAGUGAGACUUGGUCUCCAGAGUUUGGAAAACAACAUAUCCCAGUUGUCUCUUCGUCACUUUAAAAUACAGAACAUAUCAACUCUGGACACCUUUAGUCUCACCAUAAAUAAAACACUUCCUCUUUCUUCUAAUGGAGACAGAUGGAUUGAAUUCCCUAUACAGUGGCCAUUAAAAGAAGCAUUUUCUGUGGUUACAUAUCAUCUAACAGUAUUUUCGAGAAAUAUUUUGAAUGAGAGAAAUUUACUGCAUAUGACUGCAUGUAUAUAUGGUACUCAUGGUGACACAGGGGACAGAUCCCUUCUCCAGUCAUUGCAGAAUGUACAACAGGGAGAGAAAAAUGAGUCAUUUCUAGUUAUCGUGGAUGCUGUUGACCUGGGAGAACUGGAAAAAAUUGUUCUUUUGAUCAGCAGUAAAACAGAUUGCAAACUGGGCAUUAAAAAAUUGCAUGUGCAAGAAGCUGUGAAGGAACAUCCUAUCUAUGUAUUUGAAGUGAAUGAAGAAUUUUCUGUGAAUGCAAAUAAGCCCAAAAUGCAGAGAGAAAUCCCAGCAUCUUUUGUUAUUAGAGGAGCGAAACAAAAGAAUGACAUAGAUAACAACUUGAAAAAAGAAGGAAGUCAAGUAAAAAGUUUGACAGAGUAUACUAUUAAAGUGUACACAGGUGACAAAAGGGGAGCAGGGACUGAUGCCAAUGUGCAUAUUAUUUUAUUUGGGAAUGAGGACAAAUCUGAGGUAUUUCAACUCUCUCAGUCACUGGAACAUCAAAACCCCUUUGAAAGAGGAAAGGUUGAUACAUUCAAGAUUAAGACAAAAAAAUUAGGCAGCCUAAGUUCAAUUGAAAUUGGCCAUGAUGGGAAAGGAUUUGCAAGUGGCUGGUUUCUAGAAAAAGUGGAAAUCACAGAUGCAGCUAGGAAUUCAAUCCAUUGCUUCAACUGUAACAGGUGGCUUUCUGAAGAUGAAAGUGAUGGCCUCACCGUAGUGCAACUUUAUCCACAGAUGCUUGAUUUCUGAUUCUUUCCGAGUGUGAUGCUUCCCCAAAUUCAUCCUGAUUUGAUUUACUUGUCUUUUAUAAUUCUGAAGGCAUUGUAAUUAUUGUGAAGAAAAGUCAAAACAAUGUAUUAAAAACAUCACAGUAAAUUAAAUAUGUCUAAUGUGAACACAGAAUUCUGAUCCUAUUAUAGAUCAAAACUUUGCAUGACAGAAAUUUAGAUAUCAGAAACUUGAAUCUGUAACACGGCUCUGUGGACUUGAACUGAGCAAUCAUAAUGGUAGACAUAUGUAGUAACAUACUCAAAUAUUCUUGUUUCAGUAAUGAUUUGUGGGUAAGCUAAAUUUAGCUCAUUUCAAAUCUGUCAGUAUGUGUUAAUUUGAUGAUUUUAUUUCAUUUUCAGCAUUUAUUAAAAUUUAGAUUUUCUCAAAAUCAUUUUCCAAACAAACUGUACCACCCUUCAGCCUUACUAUAUAUUGCUUCUCUUAAGACUAUAACAGAGAGUAAUAAAGAUCUUGUUAUUCAGAACUUCACCCUGUGUCGGUAAGCCUCUCACUGACAUUUGAUUGUAAAAUCUUGUAGCUGAGCCAGAACCUCAGCUGAGAACCUUUAGAUCCAAAGGGUCUCUUAAGAGAGGCUGUUAUCAGUAACACUGCAAUAGCUUAGGCAGGCUUAGGCAGCUCCCUGCUCAGCUUGAUGAUUUUUGCAGUGCCUCUCCUUAGCUAUCAAACCAGCUCUCUACUGCUACAUGUGUAAAUGCCUUUAUUUCAAACAAAAAAA